CCGGAUUGCUCUGCCUCGUAUUUCAAUGUGUCUCCUUUAACUCAACAAACAUUCAUUAUAUCAAAGUUGAUAUUUCAAAAGUCAUUCAUAGCAACUACGAGCUAUGCCCCCUAAAGUGCUUGUCAUUGCGGGUUCAGAUAGCUCUGGUGGAGCCGGAAUCGAGGCAGAUCAGCGCGUUCUAACAGCUCAUGGUGUCUACUCUCUUACAGCUACCACGGGAUUGACUGCACAGAAUACGCUGGGCGUGCAGGAUAUCCACAUCAUCCCCGCAGAGUUUGUAAGGAAGCAAAUCAAUGCCGCAUUGGAUGAUGUCGGCGCAGAUGUAGUCAAACUCGGAAUGCUCUCGUCCGCAGAGACCGUGGAUGUCAUCGCAGAAGAGCUGACACGGCAUGCCGUCAAGACCAUUGUCCUUGAUCCCGUUAUGGUGUCUACGUCAGGCUCGCGUCUUCUCCCCUCCAAUGCCGUUGAGCAUGUACGCACAAGACUUCUACCCCUCACCGCGGUCCUAACCCCCAACAUCCCCGAAGCACAGCUCUUGCUUGAAAACGCAGGGAUAUCUUUCACCGAGCCCCAGAAUAUAGACGAAAUGAUAACACUUGCCAAACAAGUGCAUACUCUCGGGUCCAAAGCUGUUUUGCUAAAAGGCGGCCAUCUACCCCUAACAAGUGACCGAAAAAAAGCAAAAUCAGCUAAUGAGGCCAGGGUUGUCAUUGAUGUUUUGUACUCUGCUGAUAAUGAAGACGUUUUCCUUACUGAAACGGAGUUUCUGACGUCGAAGAAUACGCACGGGACGGGGUGUUCGCUUGCAUCAGCCAUUGCAGCCAAUUUAGCCCGUGGCAGUGAUCUGAAAAGAUCGAUUCGCGCGGCUAUAAAAUAUGUCGAGGCAGGCAUCAAGUCCAGCGUUGAUAUGGGACAGGGGAGUGGACCGAUUAAUCAUUUUCAUUCGUUCUAUAUGCUGCCCUUUGCGCCAGGGCAAUUUGUAGACUACGUCCUUAGCAGAGAAGAUAUUCAACCCAUCUGGCACAAAUUCACUGAUCACGAUUUCGUGACCGGAAUAGGUAAUGGAAGCCUUCCUGUGGAGAAGUUCAAGGACUAUCUAGUCCAAGACUAUCUAUAUCUUGUCCAUUUUGCAAGGAGCAAUGCUCUCGCAUCCUAUAAAGCUCGAUCGAUGGAUUCCAUCGCAGCGUCUGCAAAGAUAGUCCUUCAUAUCAAAACCGAAACAGCCUUACAUGUCAACUACUGCGCUAGCUUCGGCCUCACACUCCAGGAAAUGGAAGCAACACCAGAAAAGCAAGCAUGCGUUGCAUACAGUCGCUAUAUCCUCGACAUCGGCCAAUCUGAAGACUGGCUAGCAUUACAAGUCGCCCUGGCGCCUUGUCUCAUCGGCUACGGUGCUAUUGCGCGACGACUACAUGAUGAUACCAAAAACACCAUCAGUGGGAAAGAUGGGAAUCGGUAUUGGAAGUGGAUUGAAAACUACACGGCGGAUGAUUAUGUUGAUGCCGUGAGAACGGGGUCGGAAUUGCUUGAAAGUCAUAUGCAAAAAGUUUCGCCGAGUAGGAUGGAGGAGUUGAUUGGUAUUUUUAAGAAGGCUACAGAAUUGGAGAUUGGGUUUUGGGAGAUGGGAUUGGGGGUUUAGUUCCUGUGCAGCAUAUCAAGUCACUGUGGUCGAUCGAUUAUGCCCCAGUUUUAAUCCUAAAGACAUUAAAUGUAUAGCAAAUGGUUAGUCAUCACUCAUAAUAGAAUAAAGGGGCAAAAACCUCGCCAAUCUGUAGCUCAGAAUUCAAGCAACGUGGACAAA